AUGGUGGAUACAGGGUCAGAAAGUUCAGUACUGUUGACACCUGAGGGCUCCCUAUCUAGAAGACAGACUUCAGUGCAAUGUGCGACGGACCAACCCCAUAAAUGGACUACUCGAAAAACAGUGGACUUGGGAGUGGGACAGGUAACCCACUCAUUCUUAGUCAUUCCUGAGUGUCCAUACCCAUUGCUGGGGUGUGACUUGCUCACCAAAAUGAGCGCGCAGAUCCAUUUUGCUGCUGCAGGUGUACACAUCAAGCACCCAGAUGGAGAGGCCAUUGGAGAGUUCUUAACAAUGCCUUUGGAGGAGGAGUACCGUCUCCACAAACAAAUAUCCACCCCCAACCCAGAUAUGGAUACCUGGCUCCGAGAAUUUCCAACAGUCUGGGUAGAUGGGGGAAUGGGGUUGGCCAAACACCGGCCUCCAAUAUAUGAAAAAUUAAAGGCUAAUGCAGGUCCUGUAAAAGUUCGCCAGUACCCCAUGACUCUGGAAGCCAGGAGGGGAAUUACUCCCCAUAUAAGACAGCUUCUACGAGAUGGGAUCUUGCGGCCCGUUCAGUCUGCAUGGAACAUCCCUCUCCUGCCAGUUAAGAAACCACAUACCAAUGAUUAUCAACCCGUUCAGGACCUCAGAGAAGUCAACAAAAGGGUAAUAGAUAUCCACCCCACUGUACCCAACCCGUAUACUUUGCUGAGUAUGCUCCUACCAGAUAAGGAAUGGUACACAGUACUUGACUUAAAAGAUGCUUUCUUUAGUCUCCCACUUGCCCCGAGCAGCCAGAGGUAUUUAGCCUUUGAAUGGAACGAUCCAGACAUUGAGGUAAGUGGACAGUUGACCUGGACAAGACUGCCACAAGGAUUCAAGAACUCUCCUACCAUAUUUGAUGAAGCUCUCCAUGAGGAUUUGAGUGAGUACCAAUCUUGACAUCCUCAUGUUUACCUUUUACAAUAUGUAGAUGACAUAUUAAUAGCCAUCAGGUCAGCAGAAGAAUUUCUUAACGGAACCAGAGAUCUUCUGACAGUUCUGGAAACAAUAGGUCAUCGGGUUUCAGCAAAGAAGGCCCAGAUCUGCAGGAGGAAGGUAACUUACCUUGGGUAUAUACUAAAAAAAGCUCAGGCAUAUUGCAUUCGAUCUGACCUCAGUGAUACACCACUGAUAGAUGCAGAAGAAACUUGGUUCACGGAUGGGAGCAGUUUCAUGCGAGAUGGACACAGGGUGAGGAACUCCCCAUACCAAAUGGGACUAACUCCCUUUGAGAUAAUAUAUGGUCUACCCCCACUCCUCAUGCCUAGCUUACAGGACGAGUUGGUUCCACCUCCAGAAGAAUUGGACCUUUUAGGGAGCCUGAGGACAUUAUCCCAAAUGCAGGCAGAUAUCUGGCCUCAGUUGAGGGCCUUAUAUUCAUCCCACUCUCUUCCCGAGCCCCACAGUUUUCAGUCACGGUGGAAAGGGUCCUACGUUGUCAUCCUGACCACCCUGACUGCUCUCAAGGUGGACGGCAUCUCCACCUGGAUUCACCACUCCCACACCAGAUCUGUGCCAUCUGCAGCAGAGAAUCCUCUGGACGGGACAUGGGAGAUCUCCAAACACCCCACCAAUCCCCUGAAGCUAAAACUGCAACGGAAACCUGAAGAUGAAGUUCCCCCUUCUGACAUGGUACCUGCCCAGGAAAUACUGAAAACCCCCAUGCACCUUGGUACUUGA